AUGCGGAUGAUAACCUUGAAAGGGUGGCUCAAACUUAAAGUCGAUAUGGACCUCAUAAUGCAUGGUUGGUUUUCUGAGGCGUGUGAUGCGUUUCCUGGACAGGCGUUUAGCCUUAAGGUUAAGAAGGUUUUGUUCGACGAGAAAUCGGAAUUUCAGCAUAUGCUUGUUUUUGAAAGCGAGACUUACGGACGCGUCUUGGUGCUUGACGGCCACAUACAACUGACAGAACGUGACGAAGCUUACUAUCAGGAAAUGAUCGCCAACAUCUCCUUAAAUGUUCACCCGAACCCCAGGAGGGUGUUGAUUAUCGGCGGUGGUGAUGGUGGCGUCGCGAGAGAAGUUGCCCGUCAUCCUUGCGUGGAACACAUCGACUUGGUUGAAAUCGAUCCACUAGUAUUGAAAGUGGCACGCAAUUAUCUGCCCUUCACUGCUUGUGGAUUAGAUCACCCAAAAGUGACUGUCCACACAGCUGAUGGGGCUUCGUUUUUGAGAGAACGGUUGACUUCAGGACAGAAAUAUGACGUCAUUAUCACCGAUUCCACCGACCCUGGUGGUCUUGCCACACCUCUCUUUACAAAGGAGUAUUUCCAGUCGCUGCACCAAUCUCUCACAGAUAAUGGAAUUAUUUGUAACCAAGGUAAGCGCCUGAUGGACGGUAAACUGGCCACUCACCACUAUAGUUUAUCGUCGCUGAUCCAUUUUUCACAAACUGCGUCUUCUAAAUGUGUUUAUCCAACUUGUAUUGUUUUUUUAGGUGAAACGAUGCUCUUGGAAGUCCCUAUGAUCCAAAAACUACUAAGCUUUUGUAGAGAAAUUUUUCCGGUUGUCGGUUACGCCUACAACAUCAUGCCAACGUACCCGUGUGGUCAUAUCGGCUAUGUCAUCGCUAGCAAAAGCAAGGACACCGAUCUGCGCGAGGCGAUUCGUGACGCGCCAGCUGAGUGCACAUUUUACACCAAGGCACUUCACAAGGCGGCGUUCGUGCUCCCCAAGUGUUAUGAAAGAGUGAGUUGA